GGAGAGUAUCUAGAAAUGAAGAACCAGGUAUGCAGUAAGUGUGGCGAAGGUACCUAUUCCUUGGGCAGUGGCAUCAAAUUUGAUGAAUGGGACGAAUUGCCAGCUGGAUUUUCCAACAUUGCGACAUUCAUGGACACUGUGGUCGGCCCUUCUGACAGCAGGCCGGAUGGCUGUAACAAAUGCCUCAUUUCAUUUCUAGGUUGGGAAGUGGCUGGAGAUCAUAUCCAGAGUGGGGCUGGAGGUUCGGAUAAUGAUUACCUGAUCUUAAACUUGCAUAUCCCAGGAUUUAAGCCACCAACAUCUAUGACUGGAGCCAUGGGUUCUGAACUGGGAAGAAUAACAUUUGUCUUUGAGACCCUCUGUUCGGCUGACUGUGUUCUGUAUUUCAUGGUGGAUAUUAAUAGGAAAAGUACCAAUGUGGUGGAAUCAUGGGGUGGAACCAAAGAAAAGCAAGCUUACACCCACAUCAUCUUCAAGAAUGCAACAUUUACAUUUACAUGGGCUUUCCAGAGAACCAAUCAGGGUCAAGAUAAUAGACGGUUCAUCAAUGACAUGGUGAAGAUUUAUUCUAUCACUGCCACUAAUGCCGUUGAUGGGGUGGCGUCCUCAUGCCGUGCCUGUGCCCUCGGUUCUGAGCAGUCGGGCUCAUCGUGUGUCCCCUGCCCCCCAGGCCACUACAUUGAGAAAGAAACCAACCAGUGCAAGGAGUGUCCACCUGACACCUACCUGUCCAUACAUCAAGUCUAUGGCAAGGAGGCUUGUAUUCCAUGUGGGCCUGGGAGUAGAAGCACUCAGGACCACUCAGUUUGCUAUAGUGACUGCUUUUUCCACCAUGAAAAAGAGAAUCAGAGUUUGCACUAUGACUUCAGCAACCUCAGCAGCGUGGGCUCAUUAAUGAAUGGACCCAGCUUUACCUCCAAAGGAACCAAAUACUUCCACUUCUUCAAUAUUAGUUUAUGUGGGCACGAGGGGAAGAAGAUGGCUCUCUGUACCAAUAAUAUAACAGACUUCACAGUAAAGGAAAUGGUGGCAGGGUCAGAUGAUUACACGAAUUUGGUAGGAGCAUAUGUAUGCCAGUCAACGAUUAUUCCUUCUGAAAGUAAGGGUUUCCGAGCAGCCUUAUCAUCACAGUCCAUCAUUCUGGCAGAUAGAUUUUUAGGAGUGACGGUUGAAACUACAUUGCAAAAUAUUAAUAUAAAAGAAGAAAUGUUCCCAGUAACCCCUAGCCAAAUACCAGAUGUGCAUUUCUUUUAUAAGUCUUCUACAACUACAACAUCUUGUGUCAAUGGCCGGUCAACUGCUGUGAAAAUGAGGUGCAAUCCUACCAAACCAGGAGCAGGAGUGAUUUCAGUCCCCAGCAAGUGCCCAGCAGGCACCUGUGAUGGAUGUACAUUCUAUUUUCUGUGGGAGAGUGCUGAAGCUUGCCCUCUGUGCACAGAGCAUGACUUCCAUGAGAUUGAGGGAGCCUGUAAGAGAGGAUUUCAGGAAACCUUGUAUGUAUGGAAUGAACCUAAAUGGUGCAUUAAAGGAAUUUCUUUGCCUGAGAAAAAGUUGUCAACCUGUGAAACAGUUGACUUUUGGCUGAAAGUGGGAGCAGGAGUGGGAGCAUUCACAGCGGUUUUGCUGGUGGCUCUAACUUGCUACUUCUGGAAAAAAAAUCAGAAACUGGAGUACAAAUAUUCCAAAUUAGUGAUGACAACUAACUCAAAAGAGUGUGAACUCCCAGCUGCAGACAGUUGUGCUCUCAUGGAAGGAGAAGACAAUGAGGAAGAAGUUGUGUAUUCCAAUAAACAGUCACUACUGGGAAAACUUAAAUCCUUGGCAACAAAGGAAAAAGAAGACCAUUUUGAAUCUGUUCAACUGAAAUCCUCAAGAUCCCCAAAUAUAUGAAAAGACAGUGCUGUAGACUUCAGACUAAUGAACAAAGAAACCUGAUCUCUAGUUCUACAGGACCGUAGCUUAGAUCCUGUCUUUGUAUCCCGGCACAUUGGUGAUUUCACAGAGGAGGGCCAUGCCGCUGAAAAGGGAAGGAGGUUGAAACGUUUGAUUGCCUUAUCACAUGGUCAAGUAUUUUGCCAAAAAUAGGAAAGCAAAUGGCUUGGGUCUCAACUGAAGAUGAAGCUCAACUCAGGAAGAGAUUUAUCUGUAAAUAGACAUAACUGAAAACCAAGGUUAAGCCCCCCAGUGCACUGCUGAUGCAUGCCAUAUAAUUAAUGGGUAACUUUUAUUCUUUAUAACUUCUACAUAAAAAGUGUGCUUUGGAGGGCAGAUGUGAGCAUAUGCAUUGUGAUUCUAUUUAUGUCUUUGUUUAUAGU